UUGUUGUCUAUUCAAGAACUUAUUCUUACCGGUGUUUUUUUUUUCUUUACAGAUGGAAGCUGUCUGGAGCAAUCAACGGGACUAAUGAAGCAAUCCGCAGCCGGGAUAUUGGACUAGCAGCCUCUCGAUCCGCUUCCAAACGCAAUAAAACAACACACCCUUGCCAUUUCAAACCAAACGUCAAGCGCAAGCGAAAUUAACCUUUAUCGCACAAACAAAAAGAAAACAAAAUCGCAACCACGUCUCCCGAUGGCUAUGCUCGGAGCGGAGCUAAACAGAGCGACAUGUCAAUUAACACUCGUUUCAACCCGUAAUCAAAUCCGCCACAAACGUAAAAUACUUCACGACUUCCUUACUUGACUCAGCCAAGAUUAUUUCCAAUUGAAAGCGGAAUAAUAAAGCCGAUAAAUCAAAACCAAUGUAUGGUAAAGUCAAGAAAGCAAUCGUCCUCCGAGCCAGGGACUCGUAUGGCGACUCAAAGACGUAACUCCCAUGGUCCACUGCCUAGCUUUAUUGCUUUACCUUCGUGUCUUUUCAUACUAGCGUCUUUAGUGCCGGCAGGCGUGGCAUUCGCCGCGGUAGACUUCAACGACUCUGCUCUCAACGCAGACUUAAACAUCAUUAGCCCGAACUCCACUUUUAAUUGGACGCUUUUCGAUGACAAUUCAACUGUAACCAAAACUCUUCAAGACAACAUCAAGCACACGAAGUAUUCCACGCCAGUCACGAUUCUUAUGGUCUCUAUUUUUAUGAUAGUCAUCUUUGGCACGAUCGUCGGCAACAUUCUAGUUUGCGUUGCGGUUUGUUUGGUGAGGAAACUUCGAAGACCGAGCAAUUACUUGAUAGUAUCGCUGGCGGUGAGCGACUUGUGCGUGGCUAUAAUGGUCAUGCCUGUCGCGAUGGUUUACGAUAUACUCGGCACAUGGCCGUUCGGUCCAGUCGUUUGCGACUUCUGGGUAUCCAGUGAUGUACUAUCCUGCGCAGCGAGUAUUCUCAACCUAUGUAUGAUAUCCGUAGACCGGUAUUAUGCAAUAACGAAACCUCUAGAAUACGGUGUAAAACGAACACCAAGAAGAAUGCUGUUCUGUGUUUUUAUAGUCUGGAUGGGAGCUGCGUUCAUAUCGCUCCCGCCCGUUUUAAUACUUGGCAAUGAGAAGACUGAUACAUCAUGCUCUGUGUCACAGAACCAGGGAUACCAGAUAUAUGCGACGUUUGGUUCCUUUUAUUUGCCAUUGUCCGUGAUGGUGGUCGUCUACUACAAGAUAUUUAGUGCGGCGAGGAAAAUCGUAAAAGACGAGAAGCGCGCUCAGUCGCAUCUGGAGUCGCAUUGCUAUCUAGAAAUCAAUGUGAAGAAUGGUGGCGCCGCUGAAGCGAAGUUGUUGGGUAGUCAGCCAGUCCCUCCGGCGGCCAGAGGUUCGACGGCCAGCACAAACACUACAUGUAGCGUAGACAAAACAGAAAGCAGCAUAGGGCGGUGUUUUAGCGGGCAACGCAAGUCCAAUGAAUCCCAGUGUCCUAUGCUUCAGCACCCUAAAACUCCAACGAGGCCUAUUCACACCAUCAACAGAUCGAGUCAGAUGGUUCACACACCUGAAAUAAAGCUACCAAUCAGGGACAACAGGCGAAGGCCAUCUUUAGAGAAUAAGUCAGCUUCGAACCGGAUUCGCUCUUCGCUAUCGACGUUUGCUCAAAAGAGUCAUAUAGCUAAAGACCUAUUGCAUUCAUCUCAGUCGCCGCAUCAAAAGAAAUUACGGUUCCAACUGGCUAAGGAGCGGAAAGCGUCCACAACUCUCGGAAUAAUUAUGUCAGCAUUUGUUAUUUGCUGGCUGCCUUUCUUUGUGCUAGCUCUUAUAAGACCUUUUGUCGAGGAAGGCACAAUACCCGACGCGGUGAGCGGACUCUUCUUAUGGCUAGGUUAUAUAAACAGUUUGCUUAAUCCUAUAAUUUACGCGACGCUGAACCGUGAUUUUAGGAAACCGUUCCAAGAGAUUCUGUUUUUCCGGUGUUCGAACUUGAAUCACAUGAUGAGGGAGGAGUUUUAUCAUAGUCAGUACGGGGACCCUGACCAUUAUUGCGUGAACACUACGAAGGUGCAGAACUACGAUGAAGGAGUGGAGAUCGUGUCGACAGCCGACCGCGAGGACACGCGAGCGUCGGAAAGCUUUCUAUGAUUGUCAAUGCCCGAGGUCGAUACAACAGACCUAGAUACUGUGAUCUAAUUAAGACUUUUAUGAUUAUAAACUAAGCCUAAAAAUAAGACAAGGUCUAACGUUUUGUUAUUUUGUUUUAAGACGGAA